UCUAUGUUAUUUUGGGACUCUUAGAGCUACAUGGAUGUCACUUGCUUGAACAAAGAAGCUUAACUGGGAAGAGAAUCAAUAUCUGCUUUCUGUGGGGAAUCUUUAGUUGAAGACAAACGCAUCAGGAGGAAAAUCAGCCCUUGGACAUUUGAACUAACACUGGAUAUCUGAACUUUCUUUUUCUGUUUGAAAUCAAGGACAAAAGAUCACUUGUAAUUUGGCAAGUACAUUUGCUUAUGAAGAAAAUCUAUGAGAGAAGAAGCUUAUCCAUCUACCUUCAGUUGAACUCUUGGUUUACAUAAAUCCGGUCUCAGUUUAUUAGCUGUAUUGUAGAACAUCAGUAAUAAGAUGUCUUACAUGUUUGACGCCCCACGUGUGCGCUCAGACAGUUUGUCCAGCACAGCAUCGCUGUCUACUUCACGGCUGAUGCUUCGCCAACGGCUCUCCCAGCUGCUCACCUGUGUGGAAGAUCUCAGCUCAGAUGAUGAAGCCAAUGAGGAAGUGUCCCGCACGCUGGACGAAGCAUUCCAGCUCUGUGGAAGACACACCAACAGAGAGUCCUUCAGGCUUCACAUGGUCACAUGGAAUGUUGGCGCAGCGAAGCCACCAGCCGAUUUGAAGUCAUUACUGCAGCUUGACUCGCAACCGGCCACUGACCUCUAUGUGAUUGGUCUACAGGAAGUGAAUUCCUCUCCGUUGAGGUAUAUCUCUGACCUCAUUGCAGAUGACUCAUGGAGUCAUCUUCUUAUGGAUACCCUUGCACCAAAGGGUUACAUCAAGGUGACCUCAGUGCGAAUGCAGGGUUUGCUGUUGAUAUUGUUUGCAAAGCAGGUCCACCUCCCCUUCAUCAGAGACAUUCAAAGUACAUACACCCGCACAGGCCUGUUUGGAUACUGGGGAAAUAAAGGUGGUGUGUCUGUGCGUUUCUCAUUCUACGGUCACAUGCUGUGUUUUCUGAACUGUCACCUGGUGGCCCACAUGAACUAUGCCCUGCAACGUUUGGAUGAAUUUGAAUAUAUACUGGACACGCAAGACUUCGAUAUUUACAACACGCCACAUGUGCUUGACCACAAGGUGGUCUUCUGGUUUGGUGACCUGAACUUUCGUAUCGCUGACCAUGGGAUGCACUUCCUCCGCUCCUCGAUCAACAAUGGCCAAUUUAACCUGUUGUGGAACAAAGAUCAGUUGAUCAUGCUGAAGAAGAAUGAACCUAUUCUUCAAGAGUUUGUAGAGGGGCCUUUGUGCUUCAAACCUACAUAUAAAUUUGACCACUUCUCUGAGACCUAUGACACGAGUGGUAAAAAGCAGAAGCCUGCCUGGACGGAUCGAAUAUUGUGGAGGAUAAAGCCCAAAGCUGCAGACAAUGAGGAUGAGAGUGGGUCAACAACAUCAUCUGCUGCUGCUGCUGAUGAUGAUGAUGAUGAGUACCCUGUUAAGAUGACACAGGACAUGUACACCUGUGAUGUCUCAUAUGGGGUCAGUGACCACAAACCUGUCAUCGGGACCUUCAAUCUGGAGAUGAGGAAGAAGGUGGAGACCCCUCUAGUGAGACUGACCACAGAGGGUUGCUGGAGCGCUGAUGAAGAUGCCUUAUUCACCUACACCAUACUGGAGACCUUUGAGUCCUCCACCUGGGAUUGGAUCGGCCUGUACAAGAUCGGCUUCAAAAGCGCCUCCGAUUACUUCACCUUUGCCUGGGUCAAAGAUGAUGAAGUGGCUGCCAACGGAGAAGUUGUAACGGUCACUGUGAGUAAUGAUAAGCUCCCCAUGCUGGCAGGGGAAUAUGUACUUGGCUACCACAGCAGCAACAUGCAGACCCUCAUUGCCUUUAGUCCAGCUUUCCAGAUUCUAGAGUCCAAACAAGCCUUAAUUGAGGGUAUGAUUCCGGAGAACAUCAAUGGACAUGAGAAGUAACAGGAAUCUUUGCUAACCUACCACGCAUGUGCUCAUCCAUUAAAGCAAGAGAUCUGAUCUGGGAUCAGCUUUCUUCCUGUUUAAACUGACUUUGGUCAGAAAGGUUUUAUACGGUAAAACUGAAUCUGAAACAGCUAAUAUAAUGAGUGUAAAUCUCAGGCUUUGAUAUUUCACAAAAAACAGUUUAGUCACUGAACAUGCGACCAUCUCUCUCUGUGCCUGUCCUCAAAAUGUUGAACUCUUUUUAUCUGCUCCAAGCUCUUGUAAACAUACACACUGAACACAUUUCACUGUACUCAUGGAUUUUGCACCUGCUGUUAGAGGAACAAUAAAAAAAAUUACAGAGGCGAAUGAUUCAGAGCACAUUGCAAAAUACUUGGUAAAAGAUAGUAACUUUGAUUAGCCCGUUGAAGGAAAAGUUCACCCAAAAAUGAAAAUUCUCUCAUCA